GUACAGUACUUAUAUACGCACUACACAGUCAGUUGCGAUCAGGAGCUCGAUGCUCCUCGGCAUCUCGAAUAAUCCUGUCGAUUCGAUAUCCGACGCUUCUGGCGCGAAUUAUGCUCCGGUGUAGACUCGAGAGGAGAUCGAUCUCGAAGUGGAUACGCGACCCUGUAUCGGCUCUACUUUCGGCUGAAACAUAAGUGCUCUCCGCGAUAGAAUGACAGGCACGAGGAUGAUGAACGGAUUCGAAAACGCCGCGUUUGAAAACGCUGAUGGGACUAGAGAUGACGAGUCCGGCGUCUCGGACAUCCACGGCAGUCUACCGGAAGAGUUGGUCGAAAAACCGGAAGUAAAACCGGAAGUCAUGCAGGAGCCGCAGGAGAGCGUCACCGGGGAGAGACUCAAGUGCGGCUGGUUCUGGUUUCGACCGACUUAUCUGCAAAAAUUCCGUACCGCCAAGUGGGCCCUAUUCUGGCUCUGCUGGGCCGGAGCUAUGCAAGGAAUGGUGGUUAACGGAUUCAUCAACGUCGUCAUCACGACGAUAGAGAGGAGGUUCGGAUUUAGAUCGUCGCAGACGGGAUUGAUCGCCGGAGGAUACGACAUCGCUAGUUUCCUCCUGCUGGUCCCGGUCAGCUACAUGGGCGGUCGGUCCAAGUCGAGCAAGCCCAGGUACAUCGGAGUCGGCGUAUUAGUGCUGGGUCUGGGCAGUCUGCUGUUCGCCUCGCCGCACUAUCUGGCCGGCCCCUACAGGGGAGGCACUCAGCUGGAGAACACUUGCAGCCGGACGAAUACUUCGUCGGCCUCGUGUUCGAGUGGCAAGCAGGAGGGGGAUCUCGAACCCUACAGUGGACUUUACUUGGCCAUGUUCCUGAUGGCCCAACUGUUACACGGGGCAGGUGCUGCGCCGUUUUACACCCUCGGUGUCACGUAUCUCGAUGAGAACGUCUCUAAGAAGAUGUCAUCCGUCUAUCUGGGCAUUUACUACACGAUGGCGGUGAUCGGGCCGGCUUGCGGCUACGUAAUCGGCGGCGAACUGCUGAAGCUCUACACGGAUUUCCUCAAAGUUGAUCCCGGAUCCCUUUCUCGGGGAAACGUUUUCGGAGACGACGAGCAGCGAGCGACGAGGAAAAUUGACCUCUCAAGCCCUCGGUCCUCUUCGCUUCGUCUUCGUCAUCCGAUGAACAGCGGCCGGAGAUGCAACGACGACCAGAGUCUCAUGUACAUUCGAGGAAAACUUUUAAAUUGCAGACUUGGAUUAACGCCCGACAGUAACGUGUGGAUAGGAGCUUGGUGGGUUGGUUUUCUCGCAGCUGCUGUAAUUUGCUUCGUAAUUGCCUUGCCGCUUUUAGCCUUCCCAGCAGUUUUACCAGGAUCGGAAGAGCUGGCGAAGGAAAAAGUAUCGGAAGCCCACGAAAAGCCGUCAUCGACAGGAGGUGGCACCGGGGAGGCCUUUUCAAAAAUCCGCCAAUUACCCCGAGCGCUCGGCGAGCUACUAGCCAAUCCAGCCUUUUUCAUGCUGAAUCUCGCCGGUGCAAGCGAGGGCUUACUCAUAUCCGGAUUUGCGGCUUUCCUUCCGAAAUUAAUAGAAAAUCAAUUUAGCGUCAGCGCCAGCUUAGCUGCUCUGCUCAUGGGUUUGGUAACAGUUCCCGCCGGAGGCGGAGGAACCUUCCUGGGAGGCUACCUGAUAAAACACUGGAACCUGCCUUGCUCUGGAAUCCUCAAGUUCUGCAUCAUCGCAACCGGAGCCUGUAUCGCGUUCACCCUCUGCUUCAUCCUGAGCUGUCCAAAUUUGGAUUUUGCCGGCCUCACUGUACCUUACAUCAACGAGAAAGGAAAACCAACGAGCUUGGAAGGCGCCUGCAACUCCGGCUGCGGCUGUUCCACGUCUAAUUUUAAUCCGAUCUGUGGUGCCGAUGGCGUCACCUACUACUCGCCCUGUCACGCAGGUUGCUUCGAGGAGGUUUCUCUGCACGACGUCAAGGUGUACAGAAACUGCAGCUGCAUACAGGCGCCGCUGAUGCAGCUCACCGGUGAGGCCUACGGCGACGAGGCCAUCCCCUACCAAGCCAUAAACACGACCUGCGGGAGCAAGUGUAAUUACCUCUGGCCGUUCAUCGGCCUGGCCUUCUGCAACAUGCUGAUAACGUUCCUUUGCACCAUGCCAGCGUUGUCGGGCACAUUGCGCGUCGUUCGCGAUGAUCAGCGAUCCUUUGCUCUGGGUAUUCAAUGGAUCAAGGUUCGAAUCCUCGGCACGAUUCCUGCUCCGAUGAUCUUCGGUGCCCUCAUCGAUGACACCUGUAUUCUCUGGCACGAGACCUGCGACGGUAGAGGCGCCUGCCUUGUCUACGAUAACUACUACAUGAGCAGAUACAUGUUCGGUCUGGCGUUCGUAGGAAAAGCCGCGUCGCUGCUAUUCUUCUUCUUGGCUUGGUGGUGCUACGUUCCCCCAGGGGGCCGAAGAAUAAAUCCCGAACCCGAGCCCGAACCCGUCGCGACACUGAUGACCGCAGCCGAUGUGCCGACGCAAGAGAACAGCAAUCAGUCGAAUUCUCUGAGUUUUUAGUCAUAAUGCAUCGUUGUAUUUCAUAAAAGUUUUAUCGACGAGACCAAGUCGAUGCGCCUUUUAUGGUUGUUACUUACAUUUAGCGAAACUUAAUUUAGCGCCGAUGUGUGUCCAAGACGCUGACACGAGACAUCUGAUUUCGCAUUGCAAUUUUUGUUUCCACACGAAUCUUCGAUACCUUAUAUGAAACAUGAUGUGUUCUCUCGCGGUUGUAAAUUGUAAAUAUUUUCUAAUCGUGCAACGUUUGUAACGCAGUUUACUUGUACAUAUAGAGCCUUCUUUGAAUUUAAAAAAGUUUUCAUUAUAAAAGUAAGCAAAAUCAAUAAUUUAUUGAUAGGUUAUAUUUUUUAAGAAUAUGCGUAUGGAAUUUUGUACGAAUUUUGCCAAGUUAUAUUCUUUCCGUUAUUUAAGUUUAUCGAGUUUCAAAGUAACUUUAAGUCGUUGCGAAAAAUAUUUGUAUUACUAAUAUAAUAAGCUCUUAUAUUUUCAUAUCAAUGAAAGAAUGCGAUAUGCCAAAUACACGUUCUACUCAACACAUUGAUUUGAGUGAUCGCUAUAUAAGUAGUAGUUAUUAAAUAUCCAUUUUAUUAGAAAGAUAAACAUAUACGAUAAGAUAUUUAAUAAAGUGUCGCACCAAAACACGGCUUGCAGUAUGCAAAAACAGUAUAUGAUUUUAAGUUAUUUGAAAUAUUUUAUUGUAUAAGAUAUCGUAAAAUGAAAUCUUUUUUUUUUAUAAUUCUAUGAGAUCGUUCUGCCUAAUUUUAAAAAACAGUAUAGAUGAAAGAGUUUAUUCUAUUGUAUACUGUACAGCCUCCCCUUAAUACAAAAAAGUCAAUCAAACCUUCAACAGUAUGCGUAUAUUAUAAUAAAAAACCAAAUGUAUGGAAAAACGUUCGCUAAAUAUAGAUCCGGUUUCACACUGCAUGAAUGUUCAUACAGAAAGAAA